AUGGCGUUACUGCAUAGACUCGCUUCUCCCUCGACAUUUCGCUUCGCUCCCGGUGUAUCGUCCAUAUUAUACAGAAGAGCUUCAACCAUGGCUCCCAAGCUCAGAGAUCCGUCCCUGCUGAAGCAGGAUGUCUGCUAUGUCAAUGGACAGUGGGUAGCUGCCAAGUCUGGCAAGACAUUCAAGGUCAACGACCCUGCCACUGGCGAAUUGAUCGGAACUGCCCCCGAAUUCUCCAUCGAAGACACCGAGUCAGCCAUCACUGCUGCCGCCGAUGCUUUCAAGACCUUCCGCUCAUUGACCGGCCGCGAGCGCUCCAAGAUGCUGCGCAAGUGGUACGACCUCGCCGUGGAAAACGCAGAGGAUAUUGCCCAGCUUAUUACUUGGGAGAACGGAAAGCCGCUUGCCGAUGCCAGAGGCGAAUCUACCUAUGCUGCCAACUUCUUUGAGUGGUUCAGCGAGGAGGCGCCGCGCGUAUAUGGUGAUGUCAUUCCUGCCACCGUGCCUGGAAACCGAGUGUGGACUCUCAAGGAGCCCGUUGGUGUCUGCGGUCUGAUCACACCUUGGAACUUCCCCGCCGCCAUGAUCACACGAAAGAUUGGCCCUGCGCUGGCAGCCGGAUGCACAGUCGUGUGCAAGGCUCCCGGAGAGACACCAUUCACAGCCCUUGCGCUCGCCGAGCUGGCUCACCGCGCCGGUAUCCCCAAGGGUGUUGUCAACAUUGUGACGACAUUGGACAACACCGUGGCCAUUGGCGAACUGUUGACGACCCAUCCCACCAUCAAGAAGGUUUCUUUCACUGGCUCCACUGGUGUUGGCAAGCUCCUUAUGAAGCAGUCAUCCGCCACACUCAAGAAGCUGUCAUUGGAGCUCGGCGGAAACUCCCCUUUCAUCGUCUUCGACGACGCCGACCUCGAUGCCGCUGUGGCCGGCGCCAUCAUGUCUAAAUUCCGAUCCUCAGGGCAGACUUGCGUGUGCGCCAACCGAAUCUACGUCCAGGAGGGCAUCUACGAGGCCUUUGUGACAAAGUUUGUCGAAAAGGUCAAGCAGUUCAAGGUCGGCAACGGCUUCGCCGAGGGCAUCACCCACGGCCCCCUCAUCCACGAGCGCGCCAUCUCAAAGGUCGACGCCCACGUCCAGGACGCCGUCAAGAAGGGCGCCAAGCUCCUCGUCGGCGGCCAGAAGCUGCCCGACGUCGGCCCCAACUUCUUCCAGCUCACUGUCCUCCGCGACAUGAAGGCCGACAUGGCCAUUGCCUCGGAGGAGACUUUUGGCCCCGUUGCCGGCCUCUUCCCCUUCAAGACCGAGGCCGAGGUCGUCCAGCUGGCGAACAACUCCGAGGUUGGCCUGGCCGGCUACUUCUUCUCUCGCGACUUGGAGCGGGUUCACCGAGUUGCCGAAGCUCUCGAGGUCGGCAUGAUUGGUGUCAACACGGGCAUCAUCUCCGACCCUGCGGCGCCAUUCGGCGGUGUCAAGGAGAGCGGUUUCGGCCGAGAGGGAUCAAAGUAUGCGGGGCGCCAACUCUCCAGCAUCCCCUCUCUCCUCCCAUUGACGAGCGUUACACACACAACCAGGGCCUCUCACGCCCCCUCAUCCGUCCGUCCAUUCAACAACUCCGCGCCUCUCCUCAAAAAGCGCAAAAUCGCCGGCGCAAGCAACAGCCCCUCCUCGCGAGACGCAGACUCAGCCGCUCCCUCACCUUCAUCAUCAUCAUCAUCAUCCCCCAGCUCCUCCAAGGCCGACCACGGACAUCCCAACCCCGAAGACCCCCUCGACUUCUCCUCCCUCACCGCCGCGUACGUCUCCAUCGACGCCCACUUCAAGACCCAGCUCCAGGCCGUCCUACACGGCGGCCGCUUCAACCCCGACGCCCUCGGCGCCCUCCCCGUCGCCAUCAAGGACGACGAUGGCUCCAAAGUUACUUUUCCCCUGCGCGAGCUCGCCCAGAUCGUGCCUCGCUCCGGACGCAUCAUUUCACUCCUCGUCAACGAGCGCGACUACCUCAAGCCCAUCAUGUCUGCCGUCCAGGCCAGCAAGGACUUCAACCAGCAGCCCCAGCGCUCCGACGACAACGAGCUCGAGCUCCUCCUCAAGGUCGAGAUGGAGCGCAAAGAGGACCUCGUGCGUCGUGUAAAGGACGCUUGUCAGGGCUGGAGGGAUCGUGUGCGUCAGGCUCGCACAAAGCAUGAGAAGGCGCUCAAGGACUGGAAGAAGAACGGUACUGUGUUGCCCGACGUGGUGCGCAAGGCGGAUAAGGAGCUGCAGAAGUUGCAGGACAAGAAGAUGAAGGAGAUUGAUGGCGAAGAGGCGCAGGUGAUUAAGCAGAUUGAUCGCAGGUAG